AUGCCGGCCGCAGGCGGGGCGGCCCGGGGGCGGCCGGCCUGAGGGGCUCGAUGGGCGAGGUGGGCGGCUUCCUGGGCUCCCUGGAGCUGCACGGCUUGUCGGGCUCCCUCGGGGCCGCGCCGCUGCCCGACCCGCCGGCCUUCCUGACGGAGCGGCUGGGCCAGAUCGAGGGCCGGCUGCAGCGCGGCUCGCCCACCGACUUCGCCCACCUGAAGGGCAUCCUGCGCCGGAGGCAGCUCUACUGCCGGAUGGGCUUCCACCUCGAGCUCUUCCCCAACGGCACCGUGCGCGGCACCCGCCAGGACCACAGCCGCUUCGGAAUUUUGGAGUUUAUAAGUUUGGCUGUAGGACUGGUUAGUAUCCGUGGAGUGGAUUCUGGCCUUUAUCUUGGAAUGAAUGAGAGAGGGGAGCUGUACGGAUCGAAGAAGCUCACACAGGAGUGUGUUUUCCGCGAGCAAUUUGAAGAAAACUGGUAUAACACCUACGCCUCGACCCUCUACAAGCACACGGACUCUGAGCGGCAAUAUUACAUUGCUUUGAACAAAGAUGGAUCUCCCCGAGAAGGAUUCAGGACUAAGAGACAUCAAAAAUUUACUCAUUUUUUACCCAGGCCAGUAGAUCCUGCUAAGAUACCUGCUGUGUACAGAGACCUUCUGCGCUACAGGUGAUACUCCCUGCAGCUUGAGAACAAAUAUGAAGGCCCAUGAUUGUGUAACAUAUAUACAUGUACACAGUUGGGUUUCCAAGUUUUUGCUGGAGCACUAUAAGCCUAUGCAUUUCAUCCCUUCUGCAAGCCUAGUUAACCCGUAGAGAAGCCCUGGCCUCGGAUCCCUUGGCUUUCAGAGAAGGGUAUAACACAGGUGGAUUUCGUCUCCAGGGAGCGCGACGGGAUGGGGCAGAGCCUGGAACCCUACAUAGGAUCGCUUUCUAAUUACAUGCACAAUUUGGUGGGCUAGGAAGAGGAAGCAGAUCAGACUGAGCAGAAGAGAUGGGUGUUCGACAACCACCAGCAACAUUGAUCCUAGGCCAUGGAACCAGGCACAGAAGAAUUCAGAAAUAAUUUGCAUUCUGCUCAAAAGCUCGCUUGCUUGCUAAACUGGCCCUUUGCAACUUGGCAGAUGGUGGUGAUCCGAAAUCCGAGAACUCGUGGACUUGCAUGGUAGUAAAGGGAAGAAUCCAACUCUGUGGGAUGUUUGGCUCCUCAGGAAGGCGUGUGUGAAUGUGGCUUUUUCUGUGCAAGCACACACUUCGGCCUGCUUGCGUUUCCUUCCGUUGGAGUCCGAUGGUAGAAAGCAGGAGGUGAGGUCAAAGAACGAGCAUUUUGAAGAUGUAAACACAAUACUGUUCAUAAGGACAAAUCUAUUUAUAAAGUGUAUAUUGUAUUUAUUUUAUAUAUUUAUUUAUUUCAUAUAUAUAUAUAUAUAUAUAUUAUUUUUAAAAUGAGAGAUAUGAUGGCCCAACUUUCUUCAGAAAGAAUGAGGUCCUACUGAUGUAGGCAAAAGUGGGAGGGGGGGCUUUAAAGAGCUUUAUUAGCAAUAAAAUGUCUUUAUAUAUUGCAGGUGGCUUAUUAAUUUAUUGUAAUCAUACUGAUUCAUAAUUUAAGAUUUAAAACCAUGAAUGUGGUACCGACUUACAAUUACAGAAAGCCUCCGAGGGUAAGUGAUGGAGAGAGGCUUGGUGGGUGCUUCUGCAGAGGUUGGAUUGUCUGCCAAUCUAGCCCCAUUCAGUUGCUAUCCUACACCCAAAGUGGCGAGUUUAGAAUUGUAGCCAAAACUGAAUUAAAUUUAUGGCAACUCCAUUCACCUCAUAUAGGAAAUCUGUUUUUGAGUGGCUUAGAAUUUGCCCCUCUAAGGAAAAAAAAAUCUUGGUUUUCUCCAGGUUAACAAUUGGGUCAUUCUCACACCUGGAGAACAUGAGGGGGAAGCCCAGAGCUUCCCCGUGUGGUAUUGGAUUACAGUUCCCAGCAUGCUAAACCGGUGAGGCUGCUGGGAUUCUGGAGGGCAACCAGUUCCUGGAACCCUGCCCUGAAAGACGGCAAACAUCCAACCACAAGCUAGUGUGGCAUUUUCUAUUAAGAAUUUUUCCUCAUAUAACCCAUUCCCAGGACAUCUCUACUGCCAUUGUAGAACAGGCUCAACUCUCCCAGCAUUCUUCUUGCUACCAGUCUUAGACCGACAAGGACAUAAGACGGAAUAGGAAUUUCUCCAUAGACUUCAUAAUUGCAAGAUUGGUGCCUGGGCCUCUUUCUGCUCAGGAUGCCUCUCCCAUCCUGAUGUUUUCCUCUAGCCACCAUGAGGGUGAAGUUAGCGAUCUUUGAUGGUACUGGGUGGUACUGACGGUACUAUCCUAGGCUGCCCUUAGCUGGGUUUGGAUGCUAAGUAGGAUGCGACUCGCUUGGCAUGGAUUGGGAGGGCAGUGUUUUUUUCACCUUGGCGUGUGGACUUUCAUUCCCAGAAUUCAGUUUGAGAGUUGAAGUCCUCACAUCUUAAGGAUGCCAAGAUUGAAAAAUUCUGCUCUAGGGAAACACGGCUGUCGGCUCGCCUGAGAAGGCAAAAACAAAGCAGAAGAAGGCAAACUGCCAUUGUGCCAUUGCCAAGAAAACAAUAUAACCAUGCCAGGAAAGAUUUGUAUAAUCAUUUUAGAAGAGUUUUAGAUUUCAGUCCGUUUCCAUUUGGUUCCUUCUCUGGGCCCUGGGCAUGUAACUAUUUUCUGAUCAAAUUAUUAUCCCCUACUUAUUUUUUGACUGUAACAGAAUUAAGUGGUUUAAAUGAUACUGUGGUCCUAUCUUUUUUGACUGAGAGUCAUUCAGAUGGAUUACGUUCUCUUUGCAUCAUCAUAGCCUUCAGUCAUACUUAACUGGAAGAAAUAGGGGAUUGAAAUCUCACACAUCUGGAAAAUACCCAUUAAGAAAAGGACUGUUUUAAUCUCUUCUUGAGUGCAAUCUGGAAUUCUCCUUGUUUUCCACUUUGAUGAUAUCCCUAAAACGGGCUGGGGGAAUGCUGGGGUCAAGAUGAAAUAAUGUUUUAGGCAACGAAAAAACAUUAUCUAGUGUCCUGUAAAUAAUUCACUACAUAUGUGUUUAUUUUUUUACCUUUAAACUUCCACUUACUCCUCUCAGGGGGAAAAUCUGCAGAGAAACACACCCAACUUUAUAAAUGCUGAAUUUAAGGUUUCAGUUGAGCUUUGGCCAGCCCUGCUACAUUUUGACAAUAAUAGCCUUGUGUAAGAGCAUGCCCUAAAUUGUUUUGAUCCUUUGUCAUAAUAUGGAUGCUCCGACCAUGAUCUUGAAUAGAUGAACCAUGUCAUUCCCCACCAUUUUGAGAUAAGAAACACCCCAACACCAUAGUGGAGGAUCUAAAAUAGACCAGGCAAAAUCUCACACUCUUCAAAAAUAUCACUAAAAAUCCUGGCUUUACUCAAGUAAUCUGGCCACAGCAAGAAGAUCCUAAGGGUGGAGUAGAUCUGUUCCCUGGGAUCUUCCACCUCCCUUGUGCUCUGGAGGAGACUCUGCUUCAAAGGGGGUGUUUAGGUUAAUGAAAAAGGCUCCUGGCUUAGUAACUUGAGUGAAGUGGCUUUGUAACUUACUUUUUAAAGUUUAAUAAAUGCACAUUUAAUAGUAUAUCAGGAUAUGCUCCAUUUUCAAUUCGCUAGGGACUUUUUGAAAGUGUAUGAAAUGUACACAAAGGCUUUGGCAUUGCAGCUCUGGAGGUAAUGAACAAGUCCUAAUGCAGCAGACACACAAGGAUUCCAGCUGGAACUCCCUGCCCUAAAUUGACCUCCAAACUCCUCUUUAAUAAUGUUUUAGAGCUUAGUUAAAUCGCAAAACUAUUUCACAUAAAUGUAAUUCCCAAACACAGCAAAUGCAACAAGCAUCUUGCUUGAAAAUCUAUAGUGCAGUGAUGGCUAACCUUUUGGUCAUCGCGUGCCACAAGCGGGGGGAGUGAGGGGUGGUGGUGGUCGCAUGCGUGCUCACACCCAUAAUUCUAUGCGCCCCGCCCCUUGGCAUGCAUGCAUGACCCCCCACAUCCCCCUGCUUUUGGCACGCGAUGGCAUGGUGGGCCCAGCAGGCCCGUUUUUCGCUCUCCCCAGGCUGCAGAGCCUUUCUAGGAGCCUGGGAAGGGUGAAAACGGCCUUCCCCACCCUCCGGAGGCCGGAAACAGUGUGUUUCCUGACUUCCAGUGAGCCCAGAAGGCCCGAAAAUCAGCUGGCCGGAGUUGAGCUCACGUGCCCACCAAUAUUGCUCCACAUGCCACCUGUGGCACCCGUGCCAUAGGUUCACCAUCAUGGCUAUAGUGGAUUUAUGGCAACUUUAAAAUCCUUGAUAGCAAGUGAACAGCUUUUGUUCAACUACACAUCAGAGAUGUCCCACACUUAUUUUUUAUGUCUUGAUUCUAAUUUGAUCAGGUGGAUAAAUGUAAUACAGGAUACUUAUAUGUAGUAUUGCAAAACACUCAAUAAAACUCAACUGUUGUAAGACAAAGUCAUCUUUUUUCAAUCAGAUAGUCAUACUUCAUUGUAGUAUGAUUCUGGUCAUAGGCUGAUGGUUCAUGAAACCAUAAAACAAAUGUUCACGGAUGCUUGUUUCAUGAAAGAAAAUAAGGAACUUCUGAGAACAAAUGCAGGCAACCCAUCUCAAAAGUAAAUAAAGCAUUUCUGUCUACUAAGUUGAAUUUAAUUCCUUCUGUGCACUGAUGCAGUUACUAUCGGUGAGAUACAGAUACUAUUAAAUUAUGGGAAAUCUCUUAA